ACAAAUCACAAAUGGAUCGGCCCAAACCCAAGCCCUAAACCCCUGAUGGCUUCUCCUAUAUAACCAAAAAACAAAACCCUAAUCGCGCCUCUGCAACGCCUGAACACACAUUUGCCCACACACUGAAGGUGAAAUUUUCUGCAAAAAUGAGCUACAAGUUUCAUCAGUACCAGGUUGUUGGGAGGGGCCUACCAUCGGAGACUGAUGAACAUCCUAAGAUCUACAGGAUGAAGCUCUGGGCCACUAAUGAAGUCCGCGCCAAAUCUAAGUUCUGGUACUUUUUGAGGAAGUUGAAGAAGGUUAAGAAAAGCAAUGGACAAAUGCUUGCUAUCAAUGAGAUUUUUGAGAAGAACCCAACUACAAUCAAGAACUAUGGUAUCUGGUUGCGUUACCAGAGUAGGACUGGUUAUCACAAUAUGUACAAGGAGUACCGUGAUACCACUUUGAAUGGUGGUAUUGAGCAGAUGUACACUGAGAUGGGUUCUCGCCACAGGGUCCGCAAUCAUUGCAUCCAGAUUAUCAAGACGGCCACCAUCCCAGCCAAGCUCUGCAAACGUGAGAGCACCAAACAAUUUCACAACUCCAAGAUCAAGUUCCCGUUAGUUUCCAAGAAGGUUAGGCCACCAAGUAGGAAGCUGAAGACUACUUACAAGGCAUCUAAACCAAACUUGUUUGUUUGAGUGUUGGUCAGGGAGUAACUAAAUGUCUAUCAAGACGUUUGUCACUUUAUUACAACUAUUUUAUGAUACAAGUGCCGUGUCAUUGUUCGGAAUGUUAGAGGAUUUUGCCAAAUUUCUUGUUGAAGAUUCUGUUUUGAUUUUAUGCUGGAGUUCUUUUAAGUUGUUUACAAGUAUGUUAAAUUUCUCUGUUC